CAACAUGGCUGCGCACACAGCAUCAACAGUCGCGAUUCUUCCCAUUACAUCCAUACACAGAUUAACGUUUGUUAAAUCGAAACACUGACUAGACAGUUCACUAGUUUGAGGAGGAACAUAUACAUCAUCAUCAUCAUCAUCAUCAUCAUCACAGUUAGCUGGUUAGCUUGUUGCUAACAGAAGACGCACAUGCAGGCGUCCAUGCUUUUCCCCACUUUAUAGCUCGGAUGCGCGGGGGUGGAAAAUGACGUCAUUCCGAGCGCCGCCGUCCCACUUCCGAGAAAAGCCGAAAGCAGCAGACAGUCCGUCAUGCUGAAGUUGUGUAAAACAUGCAAGGUGGAUCCACCUGCUCGCUCUUUCACUGUGCCGCUGCCGGCUUCCCGUCCACACCGACGUGUGCUGAGCAGAAGCCGGAAGUCUGAAGAGAAGGGGCUGUAGAACUGGCUGGAUCACCAGCAGCUGAGACUGUAGUCCUCUUUCCUUUCCUUUCACACAAACACUGAUCAAGAAGAUCCACGACUGGCUUCAUUUCAGCAGCAGAAAAUAACGUCGGGCAGAUUUGAGGAAGUGGAACCACAUAAGUUUGCUUAAAUGGGAAAUUCUGUGGGGCAGAACAGCUUGGGAAUUCCUCGAGGAAAAGGACCACACCAGGUGGGAUGCACGGACUUAAUGGUGGGGCACACAAUACAGGGAACCUUCUUCAGACUUUACUAUCCGUGCCAAGCUCAAGAGGGUUCAGAUGAGCCAGCCUGGAUCCCAUGCAGAGAAUAUUUCAAUGGCCUUGCUGACUUCAUGAAAAUGAGCCGAGCACUGAGUGAAAAAAUUUUUAAGUACCUCUUUGGGUCUUACAAAAUCCCAGCAGCAUGGAACGCCUCUUUUAAAACGGAUGGAAAAUACCCAAUAAUUAUUUUCUCCCAUGGUCUGGGAGCAUUCAGGACACUGUAUUCAGCAAUAUGUGUCGAGUUGGCCUCCCAGGGCUUUAUUGUUGCUGCAGUGGAACACAGAGAUGAAUCAGCUUCAGCAACCUUCUACUACAAAGAGAAGAGUGAAACAAAACAAGGCCAUCACACAUCACGGGAAACAUUCCGGCCUGUGUCGGAUAAUUUGGUGGAAGAGUGGAUGUACUACAGAUCACUAAAAACAGGCGAGAGUGAAUUCCUUCUAAGAAACAAUCAAGUGAAACAAAGGGCAGAUGAGUGCAUCAGAGCUUUGGAUAUACUUACCGACAUCAAUUCAGGAAAGUCUGUGGAAAAUAUCUUACUGUCUGAAUUUGACUGGUCAAAAUUGAAGAACUGUAUGGACUUGUGCAGAAUAGCAGUCAUGGGCCAUUCCUUUGGUGGGGCCACAGUGAUCGAGUGUUUGUGUAAGGAAGUCAAAUUCAAGUGUGGCAUCGCGUUGGACACGUGGAUGUUUCCCCUUGAUGAGGAAAUCUUUCCAAGUGUGAAACAGCCAAUUUUUUUCAUUAACUCCGAGAAGUUCCAGUGGGCCGGGAAUAUUGUUCGCAUGAAGAAAUUAGAUUCUGCCGUCAUUCCAAGAAAAAUGAUCACCAUCAUGGGAGCUGUGCAUCAGAGCUUCCCAGAUUUUACCUUUCUCACAGGUACCUGGACUGGGAAGAUCCUGAAGCUGAAGGGAGAAAUCGAUCCUCACAUAGCAAUGGAUUUGUGCAACAGAGCCUCGUUAGCAUUCCUUCAACAUCACUUGUCUCUGGAGAGAGACUUCAAUCAGUGGGCUCAUUUAAUUGAUGGAAAAGAUGAUCACCUGAUUCCAGGCACCAACAUCACUCUGCUUCAGUCCUCCAUCUAAUCAUUUAUUAAAAAAGAAAAAGAAAAUACAUAAUGACAGUUUGUAAUCUUCAUAUUUCUGUUGCCGUGCAGCAAACACAGAGAUAAAGGUAUAAUCCCAACAUAUUAUAUUGUUGAACCAAAUUUAAUUUGAAUCGUAUAGCUGAAUUUCGACUGCGGUGUAUGAAAAUCCACCAGGUUGGACCACAUGAAUCAUGAAUAUUUUAAAUAAGGGCAUUAUUUAAUUUUAAUUGAGUGAAGUACAGACUCUUAUAUGGUAAGUGGUUAAAAGAGGUUUAACAAACAGCUUGCAUGGUUCUGAACAAGAUCAGAGUAUUUCCUGAAGUUGUACAUUUUACUGUCCCAGCUGGUCUUGUGCACUGUUUCUACAGCUAUGUUAAACAUUAUUAAUCUGUUAUAAUAAGUAACAUAUUUUCCCCACUGAAUAUCUGUGACACUGCUGUUACUGCAAAAUAAACAGUUCACAGUUAGUUCACUGAAGUAAUCAGACAGUCUGAAGAUUCAGCUUUAAAUGAUCUAUAAUGUCACCUGUGUAAAGCCUUUAAACUAUAGAAUGCCUACAGUCAGAAUAAAAAUAUUUUAACUUGUCAUAUUUUAUAUUUUAAACAAUUUAUAAAUUAACCCACAUAUUUUAAUUUGAAGUGUUUUUUUCACUUGUAUGGAAAUAAAACAUGAUCCUCAGAUGCAAAUUCACUACAGGAAACUAAUCAUUGUAACACUGACACAUGAAAAGGCUGACUAAUAAUUAAAACUAUUUCAUGCUAGAAUUCUUUGUAUAAUUUAAUAUUAAAUUUUACAUUAAUGUCUAUUUUACAUAUGGUUUACAUUUACUUUCUUUUUAUUCAUUUUACUCAUGUCUUUUGAAAGGAAAUAACUGGGCAAUAAAAGAUGUUUGUGAAAUUCACAA